AUGGACACAGAAGGAGACACUCUCAUGGGCGGCUUGGAACCACCCCCUUUCAGCCAAGAAAACGCAAUCGUUCUAGUCCUCCACCUUCUCAAAGCUUCCAACAUUCUCACUAACUUGCAUCCACAGAAUCCGUCAUCAGCCUACGAGGCAAAGGAGGUUCAGGUUAUGCGAUAUCAUCAGAUGGAUAUGGAACAAGAGGUUGAUGUUGGUGCGAGAUGGGGAAAAAGCAACCGAAUCGAGAAGAACAGAGGAAGAGAUAAGAAACAAGAGGUGAGAAGACUGAGAAAGAUGGCGGGUUGUGACAGCUGGCAGCAUAAAGCACCAGGCCGGCAAUCGGCAAGACGUUGGAUCGCAGACAAAAGUUCUAUCGAGGAAGCUGAAGUCGACAGGCUUGUCGGGUACCGCCAUGAGCCUCCAGGCGACGACUGGAGCGCUGAAGAUGAGGCCGAAGUCGAUACAAGAUGGGAGGCUUCAGACAUGAAGGUGGCUAUAGACAUUCUCCAGCAAACUCCGCGACCUUUUCUUAUGCAUAUGUGGAAGAUUUGUCUUCGCCUUCGCCGAUGCAGUCCUGUGUCGAUCAUCUCGCCUAUAAAUCGCCUACGGUACCUCCCGCCGGGGACAUACGAGAAGGGAUACGAUUAUCUCUACUCGAAAGCCUUCUGUGCUGUGUUUUCGUCAAUAAUCGUCCAUCCUUGUAUGCGGAACAUCGAAGGCAUCAACUUAAUCUUGAUCCUACAUUACGCGAUUGUGACUGGCACACAGGAUUGCACAUUUUGGGAGUUUACAGACCCGAGUUGGGCGCUAUGCCCCGUGAUUGCUGAAACCAUUCGCAAGGUCGAUGCAGACAGAAGCUUCGGCGGGAUCCAAUCCGUGCAUUCCCUUCAUAAGGAAGCAAGGGUUGAGGCUCAAGCGAAUGAGAUAACGCCCGGAUUCCAUUCAGAAUUGCUUUACCACAUCGGCGAAACAGUUGCAGCUGCAGGAAGCAGGGAUCUGUCCGAAGGGGAUGGCAUUGUCAACCAACUGGGUCGCGAGGUCCUUCCGCUCACACUAGAGGAUCUGAAGAAUGUGCAGAGAGCCAUUGACACAAUGCAAUGGCCAGCGGGCGACGAUAGUUACGCUUGCACGACAACUGAAGCUCUUCAAAGCUACAAUGUCGCUAAAAAAGGGCGACAUGAAGAACAUUCCUUCCUUGUCUACAGUCGAGACCCAUUAACGAGCAUUGCUGCCUGUUAA